GACGCCGCGCCGGACCUGCUCGGCCGCCCGGGACCGCCCGCUUUGCCCGCUGCCCACAGCCGCCGCCGACGGGACCGUCCGGAGAAUAGGACAUGUAUUCCUCUGAGAAACCUUGGACAACAGAUUUUGGUUUAGUAUCUGAUUGGGACAACACACAGAAACAUUUCCAGUCAUGAAUUCGGAGCAGGAUGUAGCACUGAAACUUGCCCAGGAACGAGCUGAAAUAGUUGCUAAAUAUGACCGAGGACGAGAAGGUGCAGAUAUUGAACCUUGGGAAGAUGCUGAUUACCUUGUUUACAAAGUCACGGAUAGAUUUGGCUUUUUACAUGAGGAGGAGCUCCCAUUUCAUAAUGCAGCUGUGGAACGGCAAAAGAACCUGGAAAUUGAAAGAACUACCAAAUGGCUGAAAAUGCUAAAAGGAUGGGAAAAAUACAAGAACACUGAAAAGUUUCAUAGGAGAAUUUACAAAGGAAUCCCACUCCAGCUCCGAGGUGAAGUCUGGGCUCUACUUCUGGAGAUCCCUAAAAUGAAAGAAGAAACAAAAGACCUUUAUAGUAAAUUAAAACACAGAGCACGGGGUUGUUCACCUGAUAUCAGACAAAUAGACCUUGAUGUCAACCGUACAUUCAGGGACCAUAUUAUGUUUAGAGACAGAUAUGGUGUUAAGCAACAAUCCUUAUUUCAUGUUCUUGCUGCAUAUUCUAUCUAUAAUACGGAAGUUGGGUACUGUCAGGGGAUGAGCCAGAUCACAGCUCUACUCCUCAUGUACAUGAACGAGGAAGAUGCCUUCUGGGCCCUGGUCAAACUCUUCUCGGGCCCCAAACAUGCCAUGCAUGGCUUUUUUGUCCAAGGUUUCCCUAAACUCUUGAGGUUUCAAGAACAUCAUGAAAAAAUACUGAAUAAAUUUCUGUCCAAGCUUAAGCAACAUUUGGAUACUCAAGAAAUCUACACGAGUUUUUACACAAUGAAAUGGUUUUUUCAGUGUUUCCUUGAUCGUACUCCCUUUACUCUAAACCUCAGAAUAUGGGAUAUUUACAUCUUUGAAGGAGAACGAGUUCUUACUGCCAUGUCCUACACAAUCUUAAAAUUACACAAAAAACAUCUAAUGAAAUUGUCUAUGGAAGAACUUGUAGAAUUUCUUCAGGAGACUCUAGCAAAGGAUUUUUUCUUUGAAGAUGAUUUUGUAAUAGACCAACUUCAGAUUUCUAUGGCAGAACUAAAGCGGGCGAAAUUAGACCUCCCAGAACCUGGUAAAGAGGAUGAAUAUCCAAAGAAACCUUUGGGGCAUCUUCCACCUGAAUGUCACUCCACUGGCAUUAAUCACCUGAGCAAUGGACAAAGAAGUGUUGGCAGGCCCAGUCCCCAUAUAAGCAGCAGAAGAGAAAGUGGAUCAUCGCCUUCCAAAAAGCAUGAGCACUCACCCCACCAUCAGAGUAGAACUGGUACUCCAGAAAGAGUCAGGCAGCUCCGGCAGAAGUCCGUGGAUGAGGAUAGUAAAAAUCUUAAUGAGGCAGCUUUUCAAAGAAAACUUGCAUCAGGUCCACAAGACAAUUCUGAGCAGUAUAACCAUGCAGCUGCUAACCAAAAUAGCAAUGCUACUUCAAAUAUCAGAAAGGAAUUUAUGCCCAAAUGGAAUAAACCCUCAGAUACUUCAGCUAUUGAAAGGACUGCCAAAUAUGCCAUUGAAGGUAGAUCGGUGCACCCUACACUUGCAGUCACCAUCCCAAAUUCUACUGAUCCUCGGAUAUCAAACACAAGGCAAAAGAUGAAGGUUUUGGAUGCUGAUGAUGGGAAGCGAGGCUCCAAUGCAUCCCAGUAUGAUAACGUACCUGGUGGUGAGAAUGAAAAUGGAACUUCUGCUGAAGAAGCACUAGAAAGGGCUUACUCUCAUAGUCCAAGGAACAUUGUUUACUCUAACAGUCCACGAAAGCAUGUUGAGCCAGGUUCUAGUCCAUCAAAAGUAUCCAACAAGUUUACUUUUAAAGUACAGCCUCCAGGCUAUACAAGACAUCAAUCCCAGGUAGAAGGGGAAGAUCGAGGGACUGUGCACCCACCUUCCUACAGCAACCCCCCUAUUUACCAUGGAAAUUCUCCAAGACACAUCUUCACUGCUAACAGCAGCUUUGUACCUCCACAGAUCAGCCCUGGGACUCAAAUUCAUCCUUCCCGAAGACCUUUCGGUUCUACUCUGUCAGUUGAUAUUUCUCCAGAGAAAUCUUACAGCCGCCCAACACCUCUUGUUCUACCAUCCAAUCGAAUAGAAGUCCUUCCUGUUGAUAUUGGUGCUGGGGGAUACUCAAGCAAUUCAGGGUCACCAAAGAAUGGAAAAUUCAUCAUUCCUCCAGUGGAUUAUUUGCCAGAUAACAGAAAAUGGUCAGAAAUUAGUUAUUCAUACAGACCUGAGAUGCAUGGACAAUCAUGGACCCGAGAUGCUAACCGUAGCCACUUAAGCAAUUUACCAAAAUAUUCAGCCUUUCAACACGUACCCUUUCAGGACCAUAAUCUCCCAGCAGUUUCAGUAGAUAGUCCAGUGCGGUAUAAAACUUCACCAGCUGUAGAAGAUGCCAGUUCAGCUGGGUAUCAGUAUGCAGGGCCUUCACCUCCAGCAUAUCACUACAGAAAGCGGGAGGGGCUUUCUGUUCAAGAAUCAGUAUUGCUGUGAGAAUAUAUGUAUACUUGGCAAAAGACGAGAAUAGAAACCAUAUGAAACCUGCAUUGCUAUGUUUGUAAUUGCCAAAGCAGUAUUUUAUACUCUUGGAAACAACUCGCAGAAUUCUGAUGUAUAUUAGUAAUAAUAAUAUGUAGAAGUUUUCAUCCCACAUGUAGAUGCUGCUUAAGAUGAGCAUUUUAAAUUGCAUCAUCACUGAACCUGUUAAAGAAUUUAACCUGGAAACAUAGCAAUAGCAUUUAGGGGUACACACACAAUAAUAAUCCUUUACUCAGUUUCAUUUAUAUCUUUCUCCAAAAACUGACAUUUUAUUCUUUUGGCCCAUUCUGUUUUAGCUAAUGUUAACAAACCACUGAGGAAACCCUAGAACAGAUGUUUUUUAAGGCUACAUAUAAUAUGUCGUUUAAUAGAUAUUAUUGGCACCUAUACAUAACACAUUUGAAUACAGACCUGAAGAAAAAAAAAACUUUUUUUAAAAACGACUUUUAAUCUAGAUCCAUGGAAUAAUAUUAUAUUUUUCUUUUUCUUGUCUUUUAGUCUAGUUCUACCCCCCCACCCCCCAUGUUUUUAACCUGGGACCUAAACUGACUAAAAUUAGAGUUUUCCCUGACUUUGUUAAUAUAGUGUCUCACAGAAUGCUCAUUGUUAUCCUUCAAUGGCUGCCAUUUUCUUUCAAUCUGAAAAUUAAAGACAUGGGAGAGAAA